AUGAAUACUUCUCGAAACGUGCCCGUUGCUGCGGCCGAAUGCCUGAAAAGCAUCACGGCAAACCCGAAAACGUUGCUCGGAGCUCUGGAAGUGACGGUCUACCGUCAAGAGUCUGAUUUUCUGACUGUCGACCCGAUCCUCGACGGCUGUCGGAUGCGAACUCGAAUUCUGAAAAUGGAAACAACCAACGACGCGUUCUUCUGUCACUACGUGUCGCCGAACGACCUUCUCGAACUUUGA